AUGGGGUCGUUACAUGAUGAUGAUGAGUCCAGUGGCAAUCUCAAUGCUCUACAUGAGGAAGGAGACACAAGCAGCACCUCCUCUAAAGAAGACACUUACGCUUCGGAAGAGAUCAUAGACCAACAGCCCAUCUUGCUCAAAGUGAUGGAUACAGCCGAUCAGGACAUACCAGUGGGCUGUGAGAGGUAUCUGAACUGGGCCAAUGCCUUUCUAGUAGUCUACAGCAUUGACAACCGGAAGAGCUUUGAAGGAUGUCAGCGGUACCUGGAUCUCAUUGCUCUCCACUUGAAGAACACGUUCCAUGAAUCUCCAGUUCUCCUGAUAGGGAACAAGCUGGAUAUGGAACAGUACAGACAGGUCACCAAAGCCGAAGGGAUGUCUCUUGCCACCAAGUAUGGCUCCUCCUUCCAUGAAGUCUCGGCGUGCCUGGAUUUUGAGUCCGUGCAGCGCAUUUUCCACGAGGCGGUACGGGAAGUGAGGCGAGAGAUGGACAGACCCCUGGCAGUCCGGCCCUUGUUCAUCAUCGAGGAGAAGCCCUCGGCCCACCUGGUCCCAACUGCCACCAUCGCCUCCACCUUCAACUCCCUCUCCACUGUCAACUACAAAGAGGUCCCUUCAGUUGCCCGGGCCAAGCUGGUCACGGUCAAAUCCUCAAGAGCUCAAAGCAAGAGGAAGGCCCCAGCGUUGACGUUGCUGAAGGGCUUUAAGAUAUUCUAAGCAGGGAUGCCGCAGGGUAGACUCCAAAGUAGAACACAGCUGUUGGAGGGUUGGGUUGAAUCCCCAAGCAAGGAUUGAGUCAUUUCGCAUAUCCGUCUCUUGGCCUUUCCUGCAGUCCAAGCGUCCGUCUAAGAAUGCAAAGGAGCAUUUUGGGGAAAGGCCAUGAACUGACAGUGUGGACAAACUAUGGGUGAAGCCACCAGGUGGGGAAGGUGGUUAUAACCCUUUUUCUUGGUCAUAAACACGUGGAGGACUCUACCAUGGGCUGCUUGAGCAAUCGAUGGAGGAAUCCCACGGAAAGAGUUUGCUCUUAGGACUGAAUAGAGAUUUGGGAAGCCAGAGAGGCUUCGACCAGCCAAAGAAAUGACUCUACAAGGAGAAGACAUACAGAACAUAGACUAACAGAAUUGGGAGGGUCUUAGUCC